AUGUCAUCGAACAGGAGUCAGAAUCCCCAUGGACUGAAGCAGAUUGGCCUUGACCAGAUCUGGGAUGACCUCAGAGCCGGAAUCCAGCAGGUGUACACCAGACAGAGUAUGGCAAAAUCCAGAUACAUGGAGCUCUACACUCAUGUUUAUAGCUACUGCACAAGUGUUCACCAGUCAAACCAAACUCGAGGGGCUGGCGUCCCUCCUUCUAUAUCGAAAAAGGGGCAAAUGCCUGGGGGAGUGCAAUUUGUUGGCUUGGAAUUAUACAAACGACUUAAAGAAUUUUUGAAGGAUUACUUGACAAAUCUUCUUAAGGAUGGAGAAAACUUGAUGGAUGAGAGUGUACUGAAGUUCUACACUCAGCAGUGGGAAGAUUACCGGUUUUCCAGCAAAGUUCUGAAUGGAAUUUGUGCCUACCUCAAUAGACAUUGGCUAUUCUUCUUUUAUAGUUAUGCCCCUUGGUGUCCAUCCUGCCAGCAGACUGAUUCGGAAUGGGAGACAUUUGCAAAGAAUGGUGAACUCCUUCAUAUCAGUGUGGGGAAGGUAGAUGUCAUUCAAGAACCAGGUUUGAGUGGCCGCUUCUUUGUCACCACUCUCCCAGCAUUUUUUCAUGCAAAGGAUGGGAUAUUCCGUCGUUACCGUGGCCCAGGAAUCUACGAAGACCUGCAGAAUUAUAUCUUAGAGAAGAAGUGGCAAUCAGUUGAGCCUCUGACUGGCUGGAAGUACCCAGCUUCUUUAACGAUGUCUGGGAUGGCUGGCCUUUUUAGCAUCUCUGGCAAGAUAUGGCAUCUUCACAACUAUUUCACAGUGACCAUUGGAAUGCCUGCUUGGUGUUCUUAUGUCCUUUUCGUCAUUGCCACCUUGAUUUUUGGCCUUCUCAUGGGUCUGGUCUUGGUGUUAAUAUCAGAAUGUUUCUAUUUGCCAUUUCCAAGGCAUGUAUCUGAACAUCCCGAGCAGAGUCGGAAGUCAGAGGAGGCUCAUAGGGCUGAACAGUUGCUGGAUGCAGAGGACGAAAAAGAUGACUCAAACGAAGAAGAAAACAAGGACAGCCUUGUAGACGACGAGGAAGAGAAAGAAGACUUUGGUGAUGAGGACGAACCAGAGGAAGAAGAGGAGGAGGACAACCUGGCUGCUGGUGCGGAUGAGGAAACGAGUGACACCCAGGACCAGGGGCCCCCGAGGGAGCCCCUGGAGGAAAGAGAACCCAAUGAGACUGAGGAAGAUGCCCCUGGGCAGCCCCGUCCAUCUGACACGGAAGACACAUUGAGGCAGCGCAAAAGUCAGCAUGCUGAUAAGGGACCUUAGGUUCACAGACUAUUUCCAAGAACAUAGAGCAGAGGAGUGUGCCGGCUUCCCUCUGCCUGCAGUCUAAACCAAAAUCCUCCUUGUUUCCCGAGCAAGCUUCUCUUAAAAAUCCACCUUAGUCAUGUAGUUUCAGCAUUAAGCCUAAUGUAUAUUAAUGAGACUCCUUCAGGCAUGACAAUCAGGAUGCGUGGUAUUAGGAUAUGCUUGAGGAUUUGGGAUGGGCACACGUGCAUCUACUUGGGGCGAGAGAGUUUUGACCAGAGGUAGUGAUGCCCAGCCCUCGUGAGGACUGUUCAUUGACAAGGCUGCAGGCCCCAUAAAGUGAAAGCAAAGCAGCCUGUGCAUCCUCAUGUGUAGCAGAAGUCUUGCUUCUCCUGUGUUAAGAAGUUACUCUUGUCAAACUAUAAGAAACAUCAGGCACCAUAGUACUGGGUCACUUUUUUUAGAGAGAAAUGGAGCGGGCCCUGGAUUAUUGUAGAAAAGAGCUUGGCAGUUGUCUUGACUUUAAAUCUCCAUUGUUAUGUCUUAUUUCUUACCUGUCCCAUUUCCAGCUGUCCUGCCAACAGCCUGCAGGCUCCCCACACUUCACAAUGCUUCCUAGUGAGACAUCAGCUGCGUUUAGUGGAUUUAAGGGUUUAGUUAAUCAAAAACCGCAGCCCAUGAAGCCAGACUGCCAAGCAGCUCGAAUGCAGUAUUGUAACCUUUGGGGAUUCAAAAAGGAGUAGGGAUUUUACAGGAGACAAUUUUGUUGUUUUUUGCCAAAAUGGAGUAAUUUUUUUUUUUGCAAAAAGUCCCUUCAGCAAUAUUCUUUCCCAACCCAGAAGUCCCCUAAGUCUUGCCAGUACAAGGUAGUCUUGUGAAGAAAACUUGAAUACUGUGUUGUUUUGUUUUCAUCUCAAGGGGUUCCCUGGCCUUGAACCACUUUAAUAAUAACUGAACAUUUCUGGUUCUCCUUCAGUGAUGUGCUUUUGGUGAAAGAAUUAAUGAAAGUGAGUAUCUGGAAAUGAAAGAUUUGGUUUCAUUUCCUUCUUUCUUAAUCUUAUAAAGAAUUUUAUCCCAGUAAAUCUCUCAGUGCUCAAUCUACUAAAAGUACCCAGGAGGCCCAAUUUCUUUUAAAAAAUCCAUCCAUCUACUUCUGCCUUCCUGAUUUAUGUUUUAGAAUAAAUUCAUAAAAUUAGAUUCCAAACCUUAUGAAAGAUGACUAAAGUUGAUUCUACACCCCUUGGGUCCAGACAGAAUAAUAAGUAGUGCAGGCUUAUGAAAUUUAAAAGUUUCUGUCAUUUU